AAUGCAUCGUGGAAGUCACUACUACGUGAUUAGUGUGUAUGUCUGUGUUUGGCUUUUAUGCACGCGAGUUGCCAGUUGCAAACAAAGCUGACAACAGCUUCUCGUCAACGCUCCCAACAUGUCUUCUGACGGCUUGAGUCUGCAGUAUCAGGGAAUUCUGCUUCCGAGAGAAACUCACUCAUUAGAGUGCCUGGAGUUUGCACAGGAAUUCAAGUUUAGGGACGAUGACAUCAUGGCUGCCGUUUAUCCGAAAUCAGGUACAAUCUGGAUGCAGGAAAUCCUCCCACUGCUGCUGAAUGGAGGCGAUCUGACCCCAAUCCAAACCAUCCCUAACUGGGAUAGGGUCCCCUGGCUGGAGGAGAAAAGAUUAGCAGUGAUUGCGGAUACGUUGACUGCUCCACGGGCAAUGGUCACACAUUUCCCUUUCCGACUCAUGCCCCCAUCCUUCCACGCCUCCAAAGCAAAGGUGAUCUAUGUCAUGCGGAACCCUAAGGACAUCCUAGUGUCUUCAUUCUACUUCCAUCAGAUGGCCGAAUUCCUUGAUGAUCCAGGGACCUUUGAUGAAUUCAUCAAAAAAUUCCUUGAUGGCAAUGUGAUGUUUGGAAAAUGGACCGACCAUGUGAAAAGCUGGAGAAGUGCCGAGCUGGGAGACAGGAUACUGUUCAUCACAUAUGAAGAAAUGUGUCAGGACCUCCCAGCAGCUCUCAGGCAGAUGUCAGAUUUCCUUGGCCGUAACCUGAGUGAAGGCACUAUUCAGAAGAUAGCACAACAUUGCACCUUCAAGACGAUGAAGACAAACCGCAUGUCCAACUUCAGCUUGGUCCCCAAGGAGUACAUGAACCUCGAGAAAUCUCUGUUCCUCAGGAAAGGUGUUCCGGGAGACUGGAAAAACCAUUUCAGCUCAGAGCAUCUGGCCAGAUUCACUUCAGCUAUUCGCAAAGAGAUGCAGAGUGAGAGCUUCACUCUGCCCUACAACCUGGAUUAACCAUCAACUGGGGCAAAGAAGAAGAUAAAACAUCCAGACAAAUAAAAAAAGAUAGCAGUAAACUACUGAGAAUUAACAAAUAACUAUUGUAUUUUACACAUCAAUCGAAUUAUGCUGUUAGUCGGCUUUAUUCCUACACAUUUAUAUCCUUUCAUUGAUGUUAAAAUGUUUUUAACUGGGCUAUUGUUGCAUUUGAGCAAUUUAGUGACAUUUCUUUCAGUAAUGAAACAUAAUUAGUAUAAUUGGUGUAGGGUUUCAAUUUUAAAUGAACUAUUAUUUAAUUAUUACUUGAUUGAUAUGCAUCCCUUCUUGUAUUACUGUGUGCAUGCUUGCUUUAGCCUUAGUAAAGUAAAAGAACAUUUGAACCUA